AGGCCCAAAGGCCUAUAGUCUAGACAACUGUUAUAUAUAAAGCCAAGGUUUGCAUUUCUGCUUUUAAUAUGUUUAUCUGUACAGAGGGCAUUCAGGGAAAAUGAGGAACCAAAAGAAGGAAAUAAGAUAGGAGUGUUCAGCUUGUUUUUGCUUUCUGUAUGAAUUUUAGCUGGCAUAAGUAACCGCAGAGAAAGGGUCUUAAGACUGGCAGACCACCAACGAAAACUGCCCAGAAACAAUGAAAGGAAAAACCAUAUAUGGAAGAAGAUUGCAGUAGCUUGCUUAUGUUAUAAGUGUUACUCCCAAAUAAGGGAAUUUUAAGAAAAUGCUAAUUUGCGGUUUUAACCUAUAUAAGUGUGAUAAGAAUUGAAACAGGCAGAGGGGAGCUUAACCCUUAUAGGGGAAUACGCUACCUCUCUCCCUGCAUGCAUGCUUGUACUCUAAUAAAGUGCCUCAGGCUGCCUGAUUCUAAAUUCAAAGGUGUGGUCAAUUUUUCCACAACAAUUUGGGGGCUCGUCCGGGAUCCACAGAUGACAUCCCUGGAUCGGAGGACCGCGGGCGGUUCCCUUCCAGACCCCGGGCCCAUCUAACAGGUAAGAGACCUUUUGAAAUCUCUAGAGGGGUCUGAAGGAGGACUGAUCCGUAGGCUCCGGCUUGGGGUAAGUCACAAGCUGGAUCUGAACUUUUAACAUCAGGCAGGCCAGACGCCUUUUCUUGAGGUUGGUUUGACCCGUGUAAAUCCCGGCGUGGUAACGAGUCCGGAGUUGGUUGGUUGGUUGUUUGGAAGUGCCGGCAAGCUCAAGCCUCGGACCCGCGCUCCUUUUCGUCCGAGGGAACUGAUAGCCUUUUUUGGGGUUCGGGGGUCCCGGAGCCACCAGGUUGGGAGGGACCAGAGCAGUAUUCGCCCUGGCGACUGUGCCAGGAACGUGCCUGUAUGUGUGAAGGCCAUGCGGCCAGUGUGAUUGUCAGUUGUGGGAAGAUGCCCCACAACCCUGCUUGAAGAGAGACUGUGGAAGCUUCCCCGACUGGCAGGCCUUGGUGAGUGGCUAACCAGUCAGGGUGCUUGUGUGUUCCCCAUCCUGUUGCCCUUUACCCCUCCACGUCCCCAUGAUCCUGUGACCGCUCUUUGAGCACUGCCUUCACCGAAGGCCGCAGGGUCCCUUUGUUUCCCCCCCGGAGCUAUAAGCUCCCUUCCCUUCUCGGAGAGGAGGGAAGCCCCAGGGAAACUGCACCGUCGGCUCAGAAGCUGCUGCAGCACCGUUGGCUUGAAGGCUGGUGCUCAGGGCUGAAGAGAGACGUGCGGAGACCACGGGCUUUUCUGUUAGCCCGCCCCCCUUACCCGCUCGCCCUGUAGGUUUAGCAGAGGCGGUAUCCCGAGCCUCGGAACCUGCUCCCUUGUGUUCCUGCCAUGGGCAGGUCGGUGGGCCACUGGUGAUAGAACCGGGGCAGUCCUAAUAAGCAUUCCUUGUGUGAUUGGCUUGAGUAGAACCAAGAGCUGGAGUGAGAAUGGGGUCCGGAGGGUCAAAAGCCAUUCCGGUCCCACCUAAAGGCACGCCUGCUGCUUAUAUUAGCUCUGCUGCUUGCUGAAACCAGAAGGCUGAAUCUACAUGGAGGUCCACCAGUGAGAAACUACUCUGGCCUCAUUCUGAAAGACCCUUAUCAAAUCCUGUUAAUUGCCAACACCGCUGUAGAGUGUCGAGAACUGACUACCUGCCCAUGUUUCUCACUGUAAUGGCUCUCCGACUGAUGAUCGGUCUAUCCUUCCUUCUGGCGUUGUUGCUCCUUCUAAACAGCAGGAGUGAAGGACAAGGUAAAAAUGUGGCAACCUUUCCUUUGUCGGCUGACAGACCCACUGAGCCUUUGAAUCUUGCUGAGAAAACAACCUCUCCACCUGAGGACAUAAUAAAGCCUCCAAGCAAGCAAGGUGAUUGUGCUAGUAACCUCUCCCUUGCCGCCUCACUGCCGGACAGCUAAGUGAAUUAAGACUACGAAAUCUCGAAGAAUAGCUUGCGGAAGCUAGCCAAAACUACCUGAAAAUGAAACUUGUUAAAGACACCCUGCCUGAACCUGCGGAUACUUCAUGCCACCCGUUGCAGCCAGGAGAUUGGGUCUACCUUAAGGUGCACCAGCGGAAAUCCUCCCUGGAACCUCGGUGGAAGGGCCCUCACCAGGUGCUGUUGGUUACUCACAUGGCGGUCAAGUACCAGGGAUUCCCACGUUGGGUCCAGGCCUCUCACUGUAAAAAGGUUGCCCCACCUUUGGAUCCCACUACGGCACCCUUCGUUCCUAAGGUUCAAAAUCAAGUCACUAAAAAGGACUAUAAUCCAGUAGGAAAUUCUUUAACACCUAAGCCCCAGGACGAGGAGCCAAGAUAUAAUCUCAGGAAAAGACUUUAACGGAGAACUAGGAAAAGACUUAUUUCCAAUCUGUUAAGAGACUCAUUGCAAUGGCUGAUCCAAGAGCAAAAAUCAAAGAAUCAGCCAUGGUGCGAAAGUGGCUUAUGCCGUCCCUUUGGUUUAUUUGUGUAACUAUGUUUUUUAUUGCUUUUGAAUCUUCAUGAUACCCUUAUGUUUUUUUGGAUGUCAGGGAAAGUUAAUGCACCCGUUACCCCGAUCCCUAUAACAUCUUUAAGUCCCCCCUUACGAAAGACCAAACCGAUCUUGUACAAAACAAAACCGACCCCACCCACGAAGCCAUGUCCAGCCCCAGUAAAGAAAAGGAUAGCGCGGUCGGCUGAGGUGAGGAAGGGAAUUACACCUUUGACCAUGAAAGAUAUAGAGAAUUGGCCCUGGUAUAAAAGACGCAAUAUAGUCCACUGGCAGGGGGGAACAUGUGGAAUAUAUUCUUGGGAAUGUGGUACCGAAUGGCUGGCAGGAUUUAUCCCACAAGCUGCACAUUGUACUAAGGGCCAAGUACCAUACCCAUGUCAAACUAUUCCCUACUUGUUAUCGGAACCUAAUCCUUCCUUUUCAACAGCCCCAACAAGACAAAUUGUUCCUACCCUCCAUCCCCGCCCCCACCAAGAACACAACAUGACCUUUGACGAUUUUACAUGGCCUAGGCCCUCUUCUAUUAGCAAUUUAUUUUCUUAUUGUUUAACCAAAUUAGUUUUUUUGCUCAAGGCCACCUUUACCAGCGGGUAAUGGAGUGGGAACCUUUGGGAACUGUACGUGUUCAUUCUAUUAACGUUUCUGUUUAUUAUAAUACCACACCCACAAAAACCAUUUCCUUUAUGCAACAGUGGGGAAAGGAUACAGAUGCAAUGUUAUUCCCUGGCCUGUGUCAAACCCUUAAUACCCAGGGUACCUUUUGUUUCCUAAUCACCCAGGUGACAGUAGAUGCUGUAACCACCCAUAGACGAUGUUCCACGCAAACCAAAUUUUUGUGCAAAGAAACUUUCCCUCUCACUGAAAAUAUUAUAUGUACUCUUGUUCAAUUUACCCCUACACAUACUGUUAACGAGAUCAUAUCUAAGCAGGGUGUACAAGUCCACCCCCAACAGUUGUGGUAUGAACCUUUGGAAACUAUUGAUCCCGAGGGAUUUAAAUGGACUAUACUUAAUGCCACAUUAGGGACUAUUAGGUUUAUAUUGCUUUUGACUCAUUUUCAAAUUGCCACCAUUUAUCCUAAUUGUACCCGGGGGGCGGCCAUCCCACUAGUAUUACAACGUGUUUGGAUCCAUAAGUCUAGGAAAAGGAGGGACCUUCCUAACGCAUUGUGGAAGGGGGCAAAUAGUGUUGCCUCCGCUUGGAGUGUCUAUAAGACCUAUCAACAUGAAAAUAGAUUGGGACAAUUGGAACAAGCAGCGGGUUUUAUUACCGGGGCACAGAUCACUGGGAUCAAGGCCGGGGUUGGAGAACUACAUUUAAUCUCCACCCUUAGUGUCAUCACCCACGACAUGUUAAGCCAAAUGAUCCGGAGCGUUUCUGAAGCUGGGAAGGCAUCGCAGUGGGACCACGCAUGUGCAGAGGUACAAGAAUUCCUUAAUGCCCAAUUAAAUUCUAUUCAAGAAGACCUCAAGCACCAAACUUGGCCCACUGCCCUUACAGAUACUUCGGGCGUGCCACCUGACUUAUGGCCAUGGAAACAUACAUGGAGAUUCUCAGGAUGGAAUUGCUUAAGCUCAUAUUGCUCCUUCCAGGCUUAUGGUCCUGUGAAAGGUGUUUGGGCCCCCACCUACCGCAUUCUCCCUGGACCUUGGGGAGGUUGCUUGUGGGACUGGGUAAUCCACCGAGAUGUGUGGGAAGUUAAGCCACCCCACGGCCCCAAUCGGUUUUUGCUCGGUGCCACGGGAAUAAGACCUGAUCUUUGGAUAGGAUUGGGUAAUUUGUGGACUUUAUGGCCUUUAGAACCACCCCAAUUGCAGUGUAUUCGUAAGCUUAGCCCUGGAGAGAUUAUUACUAUACAUGAGCACAUAUGUUGGGAAGGUAGCGGAAACUUAACGAAUCUCACUCCCCAGCCCAUUAUCCAAGCCAAUAAUAGUUGCAUAAUAGUUAACUCAUUUCACUUAAGGGAUUCAAUUUUUAAUUUAAUUACUGACUCUGGCACGCAUGCAAUUUAUUGGCCGGCGGAAAAAAAAAAAUAUCAACUUUCUUUGUCUUUUAUUAUUCCAGUUAAUUGGACUGCCCUAGUAUAUGAUCGAUUUUCCUCUUUAAUGUCUCUUUUACCACAAAUUCAACACAUUUCUCAACUACAAGGGCGGAUUCACAUCCUUGAAAACAUAUACAACACUGAACUGCAUGCCUUUCAAACAACUCAUAGAGUUACAACUCUCUGUACAGACACAGAUAUCCUUUGUUUUAUUACUACCCAUUUUUUUAUAAGCCCUCUCCCCGGGUGACCCUCGUUCCAUUGAGAGAAAUAGAUGUGGACCUUUGCCCCCCUGACUCCCUUCUUAACCUGAAUAUACGCCCCAUUGCUGAAAGUAAUUUUUUAGAGAACCUUCAGGAAAUUGAAGUUAUUAACCUAGACAUUCAGGACCUAAUGCAUAUUCAGGUCUAAAUGGGUUGAUGCCUAUGAAAAUAGGCAUCAAAAAGGAGGGAAUGAUAGGGAAAAUUUGCCCCCCCUGUCCAGCCUAGGUUAUUAUUUGCUUGCAGCAUUUAUUGUAUUAGGCCCAAAGGCCUAUAGUCUAGACAACUGUUAUAUAUAAAGCCAAGGUUUGCAUUUCUGCUUUUAAUAUGUUUAUCUGUACAGAGGGCAUUCAGGGAAAAUGAGGAACCAAAAGAAGGAAAUAAGAUAGGAGUGUUCAGCUUGUUUUUGCUUUCUGUAUGAAUUUUAGCUGGCAUAAGUAACCGCAGAGAAGGGGUCUUAAGACUGGCAGACCACCAACGAAAACUGCCCAGAAACAAUGAAAGGAAAAACCAUAUAUGGAAGAAGAUUGCAGUAGCUUGCUUAUGUUAUAAGUGUUACUCCCAAAUAAGGGAAUUUUAAGAAAAUGCUAAUUUGCGGUUUUAACCUAUAUAAGUGUGAUAAGAAUUGAAACAGGCAGAGGGGAGCUUAACCCUUAUAGGGGAAUACGCUACCUCUCUCCCUGCAUGCAUGCUUGUACUCUAAUAAAGUGCCUCAGGCUGCCUGAUUCUAAA